CUGCCAUGUGUGAUUUCCGAUAGGACUUUGCUGCUGGGUUGUCGCUCCCCUCCUAGUCUCCUUCAUCCUAUUCCACCUCACGUACUCGGACAUCCAAGAGCCGCGACUCGUGUGUGCCUGUCGCCAACCCAGCGUGCGGCUCUCAGCGGUGCCGCAGGACAAGCACCCCUCGCCACCUUGGCGGUAAUCUCUCUACUACUCUCGAUGUCAGUUCACUCAGCCUCUCCGUCACCGCUGCAGGUGGCAGCCACCGACCUGGCCGACGAAACCAAGAUGCCCAAGGGACAUUGCCGGUACAUCCUGCUGCACCCCGAGAUCAAAGGCCUGCGCUGCGCGUGUGCCAGCUUCUCGCUCAACAAGGGCGUACCUGGCGCAACCUGUGAUUGUGGCCAUCUCGCAUGCUUCCACAACAUGGAGCCCGACGCCUCGACGGACCAGAAGCUGGAGUUGGAGCUAUUGAAGAAGCGGUUGCAACAACUCGAAGACCAACUCUCCAGAGGGCACGAGGACGUCCUGGACAGCGUCGUCAGCAGGCUGAACGAGGUGGAGGACCACCUGGAGAAGAGCAGGGAAGAGUUCAGUGAGCAGAUCAAGGGUGCUUACCGGAAUGUCAGCAUAAGCUGGCGGUCCAUAGAACAGGCGGAGCGUAAGAGCCAACAACAUGACGUUCAACUCCGACAAAUAUACGAAAAGCUUCAAAAUCACGACGAGAGGCUCGACAUGCUGCAUGCCGGGCAACUGGAGCUCAGAGAUGCCGACCUGAGCCUAGAGGAACGGAUCGAGAACCUGACCGAAACCCUCGAAGAAGAGGAGGAACUCCGCCUAUCAGCCGCCAUCGGUGCCGCGCCCUCACGGAGGAGAUCCACGUCCGACACGUCUCGCUCAAACGUCCUGCUGGCCCCUUUAGGGGCAGGGGCCGCCCCAAUCGACGCGCGCCGCGGACAUCCGCCAGCGGGCGGCCCCACCAACAGCAAGCCAGGACAUGGCGACGGCAGCGCCAGCGACGGCGGACAAUCGACGCAACGGACGACUCAGCACGGCUCGCUCCCGCGGCCCCGUCUCCCCGCGUCUGCCCAGCCCACGGGCGCAUGGACGGUGCACAUCUCCCUGCUGCCCCAUGCCUAUGUGCCCAUGCCCUUCGAGCGCAACACGAAUGCCUACCAGCGCUGCCUGUCGCGGGGCCUGCACCAGAUGGUGGCCGUGCAGGGCCGCGACGCGGCGUCGUUCCGCAUGGCGGUGGAGAAAGCCUUCGGCCAGUUUCUCCGCGGCCGCGACUGGAUGCCGCUGCAGGCCAAGCUGUGCGACGCCGAGUCCCUCCUGGGCCUGCCCAUGCUGCGCCUCCUCGACGAACACCUCCUGCGUGAUGUCGACGCGGGGCUGUACGACCACGAGUUCCUGAGACGCCACUGUGCUGUUCUGGAUGGCAACGGCGUCAUCGACUCGCUGUACAUCGCCAUGCGGAAGCACACCAUCUCGUGGCACACCCUGCGCCGUUCGCCCGUAUUCAUGGAGGGGCUGGACGAGUGCUGGAAGUAUGACCCGCAGUUGGACACGCGGCCGUAUGAUGGCGACGCGGACGCCAUUGACGACGAGGAUUGGCCCGCCGCCGGCGAUGUCAUGGCUGCCGUGCAGACGCCGCGGCCCGCCGCGGGGCUCAAGAGGUCAUUGACCGAGAUGUCGCGCUCGAACAGCUUCAGCUCGGGAGCCCCGAUGUCGGUCACCCCACCUGAGGGCGACGAGACUAGGGUAAAAAGGACGUGUCCCGCGCCGCCGCAGGGGCCGAUCGUGGAGAUCCGGAGGAGGGAUAUCAAGACGGCUUGAGAGUCCGUGUUCCGAGAUAUUUGAUUGACUGUGGUCAUGUCGCGUUUCCCGAUUGCCCUCUUGAUCCAGGCAAGAAAUGUUCGGGGAACCUGGUAGGGCGGCACGAAAUGAUAGACUAUGCUUACAUUGUGCGCGGUUAAUGUUAUAGACUCGGGCCGACGGGUGAUGGGCGUUAAACGGAGAUGAGGCGUAUAUUGGAUACAGCGCGGUGUCGGUUCUUGGUUGGAUUGGCUUAACCAUCAGAUCAGGAGGCGUCGUGCCUUCUCAUCCAUUGUUUAUUUCUCCU